UACGCGCUGACGUCUGAUCAAAAAUAGACGUCCGUAACGGGGACAAUUGAUACGAUUUUCAAAGGACACAAUGGUCUAGUGUUUAAAAUAUAGUGUUCAAACAAAGAAUUCUAUUUUCUUACAGCGUGUUCGUUUGUAGAAAGUAUUGUUUUAACGUGGAUUGCUUUGUAAAGGCUGGUUUCAGCGAGCUAUUUUAGAGCCAGCCUCUACGAAGCAACCGCAGCCAUUCAGAAAUGUAAAUAAGUAGCUACAAUAAAAAAAAUCGAUGCUAAUACAAAACGUUUAGUGCAAAAGACUGACGCUGCUUGAAAUGACCCAGCCGAGUUGAAACAAGCGCUAUGGUCGCUUAUAACGAGCUCACGCCAACAUGGCCGACGAGGAAAAACUGCCGAUACCCCCAACAUUUCUCGAGAAAGUACUCUUCUACACUACAGCUACCUUCGUUCUUCUCGCGAUCUUCAGCUUGUUCGCAUUUCUCUUUUUAGUACCCUUCGUCAUAGAGCCCGCGUUUACCACAAUAUUCAUGCAAUUUGAUCCUGUACCAGCGUUAUGUGUCACCGCGCAAGUCAAACAUCUCGUCGGCGCCAGUAACUGCUCUUGGGCUUCCUGCAGGGAAGGCUGCACCAAGGACCUGUUCGAAUGCACCCAAAUAAGAGUCAACUACAAACUAGGAUACGCUGCGAACAUAACAGCUACGGAAUACGAAGCUCUCAUCCGAGCAGAGAGGUCGUUGAGGAACUACGAUUACGAGAACUACGAAUCUCCAAUAGAAAAGAACUAUCCAGAAAUGGAGGAACAAGAACUGCCUGAGCCUAUUCCCACAGGGCUGCAGGGGAAUGAUUCCGAGUGGUACUUCACAGGUGCUAGAUUAUUUCCCAACGUUAAAGGCUGUGGGUAUCCACCGAUACUUAACUGUACAAUUUUCUACGGCAAGUACAGGCCACUCGGCACCAAUUACAGCUGCUAUUACAGCCGAGUGGACCCAGGCUUAGUUAUAACAGAAUUAGACAUGUGGCAGAACACCUUGAAUUUGGUUUACGCGAUGGCGAUUCCGAUACCAUCGUUUAUAAUUUCGGUAAUAUAUUUGACGUUUGCAUAUUUUAAGAUUUACAAUACAGAGGAAGAGUCUGAACAGGCUCCGCUGCAAAGCGACGCUGAAGCCAUGGCGACCGGGGACGAUGGGAAACCGACAACGCCUGGGUCGGACACCUUCAGGGAAGACCUGGCUUGUUUUGGUCAUCAGCUGAAAAUGCAACUGGCCAACGAGAAGCCUAAAGAAGGCUUCGAAUCAAAUAGCCCUGCAAUUUCAAAUUCUGCCUCAUUAUCUGGGACCAAGUCAUCUUUCGUGAACGCCUAAUGAAACAGUCACACACAGAGAUGACAGGGCUCCUGGAGAGGCUUUGGUUACAAAGUGCACCACGAAAUGAGGUGAACGAAAUGUACGAAUGAACUUUCACUCUGAGAAGUUUUCGCUAUGUCACAGAAGCUUUUUGCUUUAAAAAUGGUCGUGAAAAAAUAAAACUUAGAAUUGAUAAUUGCGAAAAUGAAAGAUUUUUAUAAAGCGUUGUGAAAAAAAUGAUAUUAAACGAAUUUUCGUGACAACAAGCAUUCGAAUAUUUAUUAUUGUAUUAAUGUUUUGGGUGAUGA